AUGGGAGGAGGUUUUGGCAGCAGGAGUCUCUACGACCUUGGGGGCAACAAGAAGAGCUCCACCAGCGUGGCCGGAGGCACCUCCCAGGCUGGAGAGUUUGGGGGCCCCAGAGGCAGCGGUUUUGGAGGUGGUGGAAGAGGGAUGAGUGGGGGCUUUGGUGGAAGGGCUGGGGGUUUUGGUGGAGGAGCUGGUGGCUUUGGUGGCCCUGGUGGCUUUGUCAACCCCCAGAUUGGGCAAGUAAAGACCCAGGAGUGGGAGCAGAUCAAGACCCUCAACAACAAGUUUGCCUCCUUCAUCGAUAAGGUGCGCUUCCUGGAGCAGCAGAACAAGGUCCUGGAGACCAAGUGGAGCCUCCUGCAGGAGGAGCAGGGCUCUGGUUCUAAUACCAACAACCACAACCUUGAGCCUUUUUUUGAGAACUACAUCAGCAGCCUCAAGGCCUUCCUGGAUGGGCUGCACCUGGAGAAGGACAAGCUGCAGGGUGAGCUGAGGGGCGUGGAGGAGACUGUGGAAGACUUGAAGAAGAGGUAUGAAGAGGAGAUCAACAAACGUACAGCUGCAGAGAAUGACUUCGUAGUUUUGAAGAAGGAUGUCGAUGCUACCUACAUGACCAAAGUGGAACUGGAGGCCAAGGUGGAGAGUGUGACAGAUGAGAUCAACUUCCGGAAGGCCCUCUAUGAUGAGCUAUCCCAGAUGCAGUCAGACACCAGUGACAUGUCCGUGGUCCUGUCCAUGGACAAAAACUGCUGCCUGGACCUGGACAGCAUCAUCGCUGAGGUCCGUGCCCAGUACGAGGCGAUCGCCCAGAAGAGCAAGGCGAAGGCCGAGGUGCUGUACCAGACCAAGUUGGGUGAGCUGCAGACCACAGCCGGCAGACACGGGGAUGACCUGAAGAACACCAAGGAUGAGAUCUCAGAGCUCAACAGGCUGAUCCAGAAGCUGCGGGCCGAGAUCGAGAGCGUGAAGAAGCAAAAUGCCAACCUACAGACGGCCAUCACUGAUGCGGAGCAGCGUGGGGAGCUGGCCCUCAAGGACACCAAUGCCAAGCUUCAGGACCUCAAGGCUGCCCUGCAAAAGGCCAAGGAGGACCUGGCCUGGCUGCUGUGUGAGUACCAGGAGCUGAUGAAUGUCAAGCUGGCCCUGGACAUCGAGAUCACGACCUACUGGACCCUCCUGGAGGGCGAGGAGUGCAGGAUGUCCGGAGAGUGCCAGAGUUCCGUGAGCAUCGAGAUGGUGCACAACAGCAGCGGCAGGGGAGCCCCGGGAGCCGGUGCCCUGGGAGGCAGCGCGCUGGGAGGUGGAGCUGGGGCCCGCGGAGGGAGCCUGGGUUCGGGCUGGGGCUUGGUGGUGCGUGGGGGCUUUUCUGGUUCUGGGGGCUCCUGCGCCGUCAGCGGGGGUGGCAGCAACAGCUCAGGCCGCAUCUCGCAAAGCUCCUCCCAGAGCCAUUGGUCCCACCACAAAUUCUGA